GCCUCUGGAGUGCGUCCUCCAGUUUGUGGUCCAGAGGGGAGAGUGGGGCGAGGCUCUGUCCCUACGACGUGGGGUGCCAGCUGUUUAUAUCCAUUUCGGGGCGAGAGGUGGUCCCUAGUUUGUGAAGAUUUUCCAGAGGCAUCAAAUAAUGUCAUCUGAAAUGAUGCCAGCAUUUAUUGAGACUUCUAAUGUUGAAAGAAAGCAAGACUUCAGUGAAGAUCAAGAGGAGAGCCAGAAGCCAAGAUUAGGUGACGAGUUUGAACCAAUAUCUAAACGACAAAUGAAGAAGCUAAUGAAACAGAAACAAUGGGAAGAACAACGAGAACUCCGCAAACAAAAGCGGAAGGAAAAACGCAAGAGAAAGCAGUUAGAGCGACAGUGUCAACUGGAAUCAAACUCAUAUGGGAAUGAUAGAAAACGUAUUCGAAGAGAUGUUGUUCCCAGCACACUUCGCCUUAUCAUUGACUGCAGUUUUGACAGUUUGAUGGUAUUAAAGGACAUUAAGAAACUUCAUAAGCAGAUUCAACGAUGUUAUGCAGAAAAUCGACGAGCACUGCAUCCUGUGCAGUUUUACUUGACAAGUCAUGGAGGCCAGUUGAAAAAGAACAUGGAUGAAAAUGACAAAGGAUGGGUCAACUGGAAGGAUAUCCACAUUAAACCAGAGCACUAUAGUGAAUUCAUAAAAAAAGACGACCUGAUAUAUCUUACAUCAGAUUCCCCUAAUGUACUGAAGGAACUAGAUGAAUCAAAGGCUUAUGUGAUUGGAGGAUUAGUAGAUCACAACCAUCACAAGGGACUCACAUAUAAACAAGCAUCAGAUCAUGGAAUUGACCAUGCACAGCUCCCCCUUGGAAAUUUUGUGAAGAUGAAUAGUAGAAAAGUUUUGGCAGUUAAUCAUGUGUUUGAGAUUAUUCUGGAAUACUUGGAAACAAGAGACUGGCAAGAAGCAUUUUUCACUAUUUUACCGCAAAGGAAAGGAGCUAUUCCCACAGACAAAGCCUGUGAAAAUUCUCUGCUUGACAAGAAGUCUGCCAGAGUUGAAGGUGGAUUGGACAGUGAUACCAGUGAGGAAGAAAUGAGCAGAAAUGAACCAGAUUCACCAUGUGAAGAAGAAAAGCAGAAUAAAGAAAAUAGCACUGAAUCUAUAGUGAACUGUAUACCAAAGUAAUGUUACCGCGUUUUUGUUUCCUCCCUCCCUCCCUCCCUUCCUUUUUCCUUUCUUUCUUUCUCUUUCUUUUUUGUUAAGGAAAAAUUAGAACAUAAGGUGCUUCAUAGAAUACUAAACUUGGAAGAAAAUUUCGUUUUCUCUUAUUUUUGUUGAAUUUUUAAAACUUUUAGAGCUGAUAAAAAGUUGUAGUAAGAAAGCACUUUUU